AUGAACGGCACAGUGGCUCGAGGACUGCGUGCGGUAGCGGUGCGCCGCGCAGUUCCGACGCAGGCGGUAGCAUGCAGGAGUCAGCAACUGUUGGGACUUCGACGCGCCAGCUCGCUUCCGACGCUGCUGCAGCCGUCGUUCUGGAAGGCAAUCGUGCCGAAGCCGCUCCGGCGGUCUCCGGAGGCGCAGGCGGUCGAGUCGGUCGUCAAGGUGGCUGCCACGCCGUGGUGGUCGAGGGAAUGGAAUCCGGCGACGUUUUACAUUGCCAUCUUCCUGUGCAUCGGCUCCAUGUCGAUCCAGAUGAUCUCGCUGAAGAAGGGCUUUGACGGGUUUAUGCGCCAGUCCGAGGUCAAGAUCGGACUGCUGCGGGAGGUGCUGGAGCGGGUCCAAAAGGGCGAGGACGUGGACGUGGAGCGGGUUCUGGGCACAGACGAUCCGUCACAGGAGGCCGGAUGGGAAGCAGCGCUGCGGGAGAUUGAGCGCGACGAUGUCUCGAAGCGGCAGCAGAACAAAAAGGCUGCAAGCAAAGAGCCGGUCAUCAAUGCCGCGCCAGAACCCAUCGCCAUAGUGCCGCCGACAAAGGGCGCGUCAAUCACGAGCUUCUACUGA